CGACAGAGUUUAGUGACACAGUUCAUGCCAGUAUAUGAACAUUUAUGAGACUGUAUAGCGUAGUCACUCCUAGGUGUUGUUGAAUCUUUUGUCUUAAAACCACUUUGAGUUCGGUCUACUACCAGAUGGAUAGUUAUAAUAUAACAAAGGAUCAACGAGCCCUGCUGCUUUGUGACUUAGAGAGAGGGGGGGUGAAACAUGACAUCAGACGAUUGGAAACAGUCUUUAAAAAAUGCAGGUUUCAUGUCACUCGCGUUAAUGUCAGCACUAAAACGAACGUGAUGACUGAUCUGAAGACAUUUCAAAAUAAACUGUCAUCUGGCGUUAGUGGUCUCGCGGUGGUGAUUGUGGCCCACGGCAGACUUGGACACAUCACGGUGUCAGAUGGGGAGUUAAAACUGGAGGAAAUCUUCCAGCUUUUCAGUAACCGCGCUUGUCCCGCACUCCAACAGAAACCCAAGCUUUUUGUUGUGCAAUCCUGUAGGGGAGUGUUUGAGCACGCUCAACACCCUAGCAUAGAUGGAGGUGGACAGGGUCAACCUGGGAGGACCACUCUCCUUCCCACUGAGUCUGAUGUCAUGGUGGUAUAUGCCGUACAUCCAGGCAUGCUAGCUGUUAGACACGCGGACUCUGGAUGCCCACUCUUUGAGGAGAUGGAGAAGGUGUUUGAGGACUUGGGAACGUCCCACCAUAUGUAUGAGCUCUUCACUGAGGUAAAUGAAAGGCUAAUGCUUAACGUAAGACGUGAAAGUUAUGGAAUCAGCUUUGACAAGAAGGCAACACAUGAGGAGACCAGGAAAAUCAUGGAGUGUGACAUAGGGCGCUCUCUCCAUAUUGAGAGUUCUCUUACCAAAAAGUGGUACCUUACAGAGAAAGAGUCAUUUUUUAAAAUUAUAUAUGAAUAUAUAAUCGAAUGGUUAAUAAAAUCUCUUAAAUGUAUGGUACAUGAACUAUUGCGUUUUUUUUUUUGCUGCUGA